CGUUUGACGCUGUCACUGUCUACAGUACUGGCUAUCUUUUGUGCCAGAUAAAUGUCUCAAGUUUGAAAAUGAUUGUGUUGAAUGUUUAUAGCUCAACGUGUCGUCGCCCACUUUACAGUACAGUUCGGAGAUUUGCAAACGCUGUGCGAAUCGAUUCGACCGAAUCAUUCAAAGAGUGAACGAUUCAUUGGCGGACCGGACAUCGCUACAUUGCUCGGGUGGUCUGCUCCGAUAUAUCCUAUACAGUUCACUGCACCCGUCAAAUCAUUCAUUAACGCGACUAGCAGCAGCUAUGGCACAAGCGAAAAUUAACGCUAAAAUGAACGAUGCAUCUAAAGGCAAAUUCACCCGAACGCUUUCGAUGGCGGACCGGUCCGGACAGUUACUGGAAAGUCUGGAUCAGAUUGAGACGAGGGUGGAGGCUCUUCGCGAGGAAGCCACUGCGAUGGAGCAGGAGAGAGAGUGCUUGAUCGAGAUGAUCCAGUCCAUACGAAACAGUCAGGAAAUGAGGAGCGUUUGUGACGGGGAAAGGGAAGAGCUCUCUCUGACCGCCUCGAGACUCCUGGGCAGGACGUUAACGGUGAGCAUUUCAGUGGAUACCAUCCGAAACAACCAGCAGGAAGAGGCCUUGAAGAAAGCCACGGCCAUUAUCGACGAGAUCGCUGGGAAAGUGCUGGAGGACAUGGAGGAGGCCAGAAAGCGUCUGCAGGCCCUUCACGCCGCGUGUGUGACCGACGCGCCUCCUGUGCCUCUGGAUCAGAAGUUUCAGAGCGUCGUGAUCAGCUGCGCCCUGGAGGACCAGAAGAAGAUCAAGAGGCGCCUCGAGACCCUCAUCAGGAACAUGGACAAUGCGGAGAAAACCAUUAAAAUUAUGGAUAACCAGAAAGUUGAUCAUUCCAGUCUUACCAACGGCAAAUAGAGGCUGAGGGACUGAC